UACCACCGCAGUCAUGCGUCUAAAACAGUUCGACCGAAUACAGACAGGCUAUAUAUUCUGUAAGGGUUCGACUUGUUAAACAUGUAGUACGCCGUGAGAGGAGACUGGAAAUCCUCAGCCUCUGAUCUGUCUCUUUAAGCGGGCGGACUGCCUCAUAUCUGCUGCCGGGACGGUUCAGCUCUUCGACCCCGUAGAUAAACUUCUACUCCACACUAGUUAGACUAGACAAGGCAGGCAGUUUGCGGCUGCCGAAAGAGUUUUCAUCGAGGUCUGCGAAAGACAAAUGAAAGUCAGAUACUGCGAUGCGCAAAUAGAUGGGGACAGGAGAGUGAAUGGAGCAGGAGCGCGGAUGGAAUAAGACAGGAUGGGAAUGGGAGGUGUAGUACUCUGAAGUCUGUCCUUGAGCGCGCAGGACGGAGGCAUCAAUGAAGGCAGGGACAGAAACUUUAAAUGCACGUUUUUCAGGCAAUACUCGGUUCGCUUCGGAGCGGUCUGGAUGUAGGGCAUCUAUCUAGAAUGCUUUCCAACAAACUACGCGGCAGCCGAAGAAAGCACGAAGGGGAAAGCGUUUGCUGCGAUCUGCGGAGAGGAGUAACGUGCGCGUGUGUUUCUCAUCCGUCUCCAGUGAUAUGGCAGGGAACUGACUGAGAGAGAGAGAGAGUUUAUACAGAAGAUAUUCAUCUGGGAACAGUAAAAGGUGCUGAUCUCUGGAACCAAGGCAACCUGUCAGAAAUGAAACUCUCAUUACACAUGAAUCUUAGACUGGACUCGGACACCGGGCAUCUUCUGAUUGUGCAUGAACCACUGAAUGCACUUCAUGUCUCUGAACUGAAGUGACAUUCAUCCCUGGACUUGAAGUCAGGCGCCACGUAUAGAAAUUAAACACUGAAUUUUGAAGAUGUCGCAACAGAUCUAAAAAUCACACCAGCGGGAACUCAUUUUACAUUAACUCACACGCAGUUUUCCACCUAGGACCAGACUUUGCCCUUUUGGCACCGUGAUGGAUAUCGGAAAUUUCACAAUCUAAAUAAGUUCCAUGCUGAUACACCUAAUAGCUGUGGCACCCCUUGCCUUUCUCUCAUGCCCAUGGACCCAUCCAGUGCCAUGCUCUCACAGGCGCUCCUGCUCUUACAGUGCAUUAUUCUGACUCUCGGCCAGUACGAUAUCUGUAAGUCGCUGGUCAGCACAGACGAUGGACCAACAUGGGAAUAUUACGCUUGCCAGCCCAAACCCAUGUCCAUGAAGGAGUACAUGCAGAUUAGAGUGGAGCCUCCCGAUAUCACGUGUGGGAAUCCACCGGAGAGGUUCUGCACUCUGGAAAACCCAUACCUGUGCAGUGACGAAUGUGAUGCCUCCACCAAAGAACUCGCUCAUCCUCCAGAGCUGAUGCAAGAUCGUGAGCGAACUGGACUCAUCACAUACUGGCAGACUGUAACAUGGAGUCGUUAUCCUGAGCCUCUUCUGGCCAACAUAUCUUUAUCCUGGAACAAAAGCCUGGAGUUAACAGAUGACAUCCAGAUAACCUUUGAGUACGGGCGGCCCACAACAAUGGUGCUGGACAAGUCCCUGAAUUAUGGACGAACCUGGCAGCCUUACCAGUACUACGCCGACGACUGCAUGGACGCCUUCGGGAUGUUGCCAAAGAGGGUGCAGGAUCUGUCGGCCACAAAUGUGACUAGAGUCAUAUGUACCGAGCAAUACUCUCGCUGGGUCGGUUCCAAAAAUGAGAAAAACGUGCGGUUCGAGGUCUUGGAACGCUUCGCCAUUUUUGCUGGGACAAAGUUGCAAAACAUGGACAACUUGUACACACGCAUGGAGAGUAUGAAAGGCCUCCGAGAUUUUUUCACCUUCACAAACCUGCGGCUCCGGCUGCUGAGACCGGCGCUCGGAGGAACAUACGUACAAAGAGACAACCUGCUCAAGUACUUCUACGCCAUCUCCAAUAUCGACAUACCAGCAAGGUGUAAGUGUAACCUCCACGCCGGUCAGUGCUCCCUCCGUGACGGGACCCUUCAGUGCGACUGCGAGCACAACACCACUGGACAAGACUGUUCGGCCUGCGAGAGAGGAUUCAAAGCCAAGUCCUGGAAGCCCGGCUCCUACCUGCCCACCCCGAACGGCUCCCCGAACAUUUGUGAGGCGUCGGGAACGUCUGACAACUGCGAGUGCAAUGGUCACUCAAAUCGCUGCAGUUACAUUGAUUUCAUCAACAUUGUGACUUGUGUGAGCUGCAAACACAACACUAGAGGGCAGAACUGUCAGCACUGCCGCCUCGGAUACUUCCGGAAUGCUUCUGCUGAGCUGGACGAUGAGAAUGUUUGCAUAGAGUGUAACUGUAAUCAGCUGGGCUCCUUUCACGCCCGGUGCAAUGACACAGGCUUCUGCCAGUGUCGAGAGGGCACCACGGGCCAGAAGUGCGAGGACUGCCUGCCCGGAUAUACCUGGAAGCAAGGCUGCGUGCCAAACGUGUGCGACGACGAGCUGCUCCUGUGUCAGAACGGCGGCUCCUGCAUCCAGAACCAGAAGUGCGUGUGUCCACCCAGCUUUAGGGGUGUUUUGUGUGAGCAGUCACGCUGCCAGGGCGAGAAAGGGUGCGACGGCGCAUCGGCCUGCUACCUCAGCACACUGACGCUGCUGCUCUGCCUUCUAGCCAACAGCCUGCUUAAAGCCAGCGCCUAGAAACCCAUCUCAAGUCGAUAUCCAUCCUAGUCUACGCAGGCCAAAGGGCUGAACCCUGCGGAUGAAGAGAGAGUGGCCUGAACCCGUACAGACCCAGCCUCACGGUGCUGAAAUCUUUUUUUUGGAAAUGGCGGCGGCUGCGCUGAGGUCAAAAAAGCCUUCACGAGACGGGCGGUUUAAUCGCUCGCCUCCUAGCAUCACUGAUCGCCUGGACUUUAUACCAAAAAAACAGAAUAAAAACAACUUCACGUUCAGUUUCAGCUCACUCUACACAAAUCUCGGAGAAAUAUACAAGACGCGGUUUCGUUUCCUUUGCGUUUCUACCUUCUGUGUAGUUUCGACGCUCACCGAGGUACAAGCACUGCACCUAGCCAGCUUGUUUUAACCAACAACAAACGGUCGAUAUCACGGAAGCCUACUUAUGCCAAGUUAUUCUUCUUCUCUUGAAGACUUGUUUUUACAUUUCCUUUCAUUGCUGCAUUUUUCUCGCAUUUUAUUGCCAUUGAGGUUGUAACAAGUAGAUGAAACCGAUGGAAAAAAUGUUUAAUGGUGUUCUGCUAGUACGAGGAAUGAAUGUCUCUAUAGCUUGUGUUUGAGAUUACGUUUAUGGAAUGUAGAAAGAGGUUUUAAACUAUCACACUGAACAAAUAUACAUAUAUUGGUCUAUCUGAAAGGAAAUAUGAAGUAUUGUAUAUUAUAAUUAUGAUUAUUAUUUCAAUAUUUUUGGUAGAAAUGGUUAUUUUUGUUGAGUAAACGUUACCAUUGUAAAGACAUUGCAGCCCUUAUUGCAGUGCAUAUGGUAUUCACAACAUGGUAAAACUAUAUUUGAUGAUACGUCAGAAAACAUCUCUAAUAUAUUUGGAAUAUUCAUAUCAUUACAUUUAAAUAAAGCAUAAACGGUUCAUUACAUGCACAGCUUUAGCUCAAUGUAACCUGCACACGAUCAUCUUGUUACUGGCAUGUAUUCAUGACCAUUCAGGACUGCUUACUGACACGUGAUGAUAAGUACAUCCCUAAAGCACAAAGUCCCACAAACCCCGAAUAAAUACUAGAUAAUUAUAAAGCACAGAGAAUUUUUUAAAAAAUGCAUCGCCAAUCAACACAAUUAGAAUGGCCAUUCAGAUGAACAAUUUAAAAAAAUUCAGCAUACUGUAUAUCAUGCGAUCGGGUUAUUUUUCAAAUAAUUUGAUUUUCCUUGCGCGAGUCUCGAAGAAACGCCAAAAUCUUUAGCGGCUCAUGGGCUUAUUGGUGUAUUUCGUAUUUACAAAUGCUUUACAUUCAUGAUGAGCCGGGGCAAAUAAAAUACUAUCAACAAAUAUUAUAAAUGAAUAAAUCCUGACAAUCAGAAAGCACAAAGA